AUGCCUCACGACGAUGCUCUAGUCAUCACGUUGGAGCUUGCGGGCACCAUCUUCUCAAAGAUUCUCGUCGACACCGGAAGCGCCGUCAACGUCGUUUCACAAAAGACACUACGAUCGAUUAGUCAACUGACCCCAGUAAUUGAUCACGAAACGACUCCCCUCAAUAGUUUCGAAGGAAAUUCGUCCCGAUCACUCGGGAUCGUGCCACUAACCACCAGAACUUACGACGUCGAACUAGAGACUUGGUUCACCGUAGUUGAUCAUUUCAUGCCCUUCGAUGCCAUCGUAGGACGUCCCUGGCUACAUCAAAUGAGGGCGGUCCUUCGGUUUACCACCAAUGCUUGA